AUGUCCUCGAUCGAGUUUCAGAAAGCAACGAAAUAUCGGAACGACCUCAAACUAUUGUGUAUCGUUGUGUUACUGGUGACUGGCGUACAAUUCUGGUAUAUUAAAGACACGAUACAAACCUGGACACCGGGGAAACUCAUCAAUGAUUAUGCAUUUAGGGAUGCUGACAACGCAAUUUUGCUUUUACAAGAUAAGCGGCGCAAGGCCGGAGUACAGUUAACAUGUUCGAACACAACUCCGUUGAACAGAUCAAGAAUCAACGCCAUACUUACUAGUAAGAGAAAUGAACUAUAUUCCAAAUACCAUUGGAUUCCUGACUUGAACUAUUUGGAAAUUACCAAGGAGUGUGCGAGUUUCAGAGAAAAUGAGGGGUUUUACAGCAAACCACUGUCAAAGAUGGAAGCGAGCUUCCCUAUUGCGUACAGUAUUUUAAUGUACAAGUCUGUGCAGCAAGUUACUCAGUUGAUGAGAAUGAUUUACAUGCCACAAAACGUCUACUGUAUCCAUGUCGAUGCCAAGUCGCCGUGGGAGACGCACAAAGCGAUGAAGAGCGUAGCCCGUUGCUUUGACAACGUUUUUCUCGCAUCACAAUUAGAAAUGGUUACCCACUGCUCAAUCAGUGUGUUGCAGGCAGAGAUGAACUGUAUGCGAGACUUAAUUAAUAGCGAGUACAAAUGGAAGUAUUUUAUCAAUCUCUGCGGUCAGGAUUUCCCUCUCAAAACCAACUAUGAAAUCGUACAAGUGUUAAAAACGUUGAAGGGGAAAAACGACGUUCAUUCUAUAAGGAAUAGUGACCCAAGUCGUCACCUGUACUCCCAUACGAUUAACAACAAUAUAAUAAGCCCUAUAUACCCGUCAAAAUUUAAAGAAGCCCCGCCGAGUAACAUAACUGUAUAUAAAGGCGAGUUCCACGUUCUUCUCACCAGAGAGUUUGUUAAUUUCACUCUUAAUGAUAAACUAGCGAAGGAGUUCUUCUCCUGGUUAUCCGAUACGAAAUGCCCUGAUGAACAUUUCUUCUCAUCUCUGAACCGUCUAGCAGGUGUUGCCGGUGGGUACCCAGGUGAUACUAAAACAAUUAUAUCGAGAUCAAAACUUUGGGAGUCUAACUUUCGUAAUACUGCGUGUCAUGGCCGAUCCGUUCGCUCAAUAUGUGUGUUCUCUCUCGGGGAUCUCCCACGCCUUGUUCAGCAACCUCAGCUUUUCGUCAAUAAGUUUGACAGACGAUUUGAUUCGCUGGUGAUAGACUGCCAGGAAGAGUUGUUACGUCAUCGUACUAAGCACCCAGUGCGGUUUGAUCCCAGCUACUAUAACAAAUUACCACACGUUAAAGGUGCAACUUGA